UCACUGGUUGUCUUCACACUGUCUGCAUCUCACCUACCAGAUCAGUGCCACAUACUCGACUUGCACCAUUCAUCCAUUCUCAGCUGCAGUACAUGUAGUUCAGGAGGGAGAUAGAGCACCCCCUAAGGAAAUAAUGCCGUUUGAAAUUGUGGGUUUCAGAUUGCUUUUCUUGAUUUUGAUCGGGAUACUCCCAUACAACACCUGUACAGAAGACUUGAUAACUGAACCCGUAGAACCUGUCCUUCCCGAGUCUUUGUUGCUGAAGCCCAAAGUAUUGCUCAGUAUUCUUGCGCGCAAUGCGGAGCACAGUCUUCCCUACUUCUUGGGGUGCAUCGACAGGCUGGAAUAUCCUAAGGAUCGUAUCGCCAUCUGUGCUGCUGCAGACCACAGUGUGGACAACACCACAGCCAUGCUGCAGGAGUGGAUCAGAGGGGUGCAGAGCCAGUAUCACUCUGUGAAGUGGACACCCAUGGAAGAACCAAGCUCGCAUGUGGGUGAGUUAGGGCCGAAGCACUGGCCUAACUCUCGGUUCACCCACGUGAUGAAGCUAAAACAGGCUGCUCUUAGAUCAGCCAGGGCUCUCUGGGCUGAUUACAUACUGUUUGUGGACACUGACAACUUGCUGACCAACCGGCGGGUGCUGACUGAGAUGAUAGCAGAGAAUUUAACGGUGGUAGCGCCCAUGUUGGAGUCCCGCGUCCUCUACUCCAACUUCUGGUGUGGUGUGACCCCACAGGGUUACUACAAGCGCACCCCUGAGUACAUCCCCAUCAGGAACUGGAAACGCCAGGGCUGCUUCGCUGUUCCCAUGGUGCACUCUACCUUCAUGGUGGACCUGAGGCGGAGCGCCACCCGGGCGCUGGCCUUCCACCCUCCACACCACGAUUACACCUUCCCCCUGGAUGACAUCAUGGUCUUCGCCUUCUCCGCGCGGCGGGCAGAUGUGCAGAUGUACAUAUGUAAUAGAGAGCAUUAUGGGUAUCUGCCACUGCCUCUGAAGCAAGAGCAAAGUCUGGAGGAGGAGGUGGAGAGCUUUAGCCACACUAUGACCGAGGCUCUGAUCGAUUACCUCAUGAAGCCGUCCAAAUACAUGCACCAUACAGCUAAACCUCUGGAAAAGAUGGGAUUUGAUGAGAUCUUUCUGAUUAAUCUGAAGCGUCGCAUUGACCGGCGGGAUCGAAUGCUGAGCACCCUUGCCGUUCUGGGCAUUGAUAUCACACUGACAGAGGCGGUGGAUGGCAAAGCCCUGAACUCGUCCCAGCUGCAAGCGAUGGGCAUAGACAUGUUGCCUGGGUACAAAGACCCGUAUUCGGGGCGUGUUCUGACGCGAGGGGAGAUCGGCUGCUUCCUCAGUCACUACAAUAUCUGGAAACAGGUGGUGGAACAGGGACUGCAGCGUGUGCUGGUGCUGGAGGAUGAUGUGAGGUUUGAGCCGCGUUUCUGCAGCAGACUGGUGACCAUCAUGGAGAACGUGGACCGAGUGGGACUGGACUGGGAUCUGAUCUAUGUGGGGCGUAAGCGGCUGCAGGUGAAGCAGCCGGAGCGCUGGGUGGAGGGGGUCAGUAACCUGGUACACCCUGACUAUUCCUACUGGACCCUGGGUUACGCCCUCUCCUUGCAGGGGGCCAAGAGGCUCCUGGGAGCCCGGGCCCUGGGCAAGAUGCUACCUGUGGAUGAGUACCUGCCUGUCAUGUUCAACAAGCACCCACGGGAGGAGUACAUGGCCCAGUUUGAGCAGAGGGACCUGCUGGCGUUCUCUGUGGAGCCGCUGCUCCUCUUCCCCACCCACUAUACUGGCGAGCCGGGCUACUUCAGCGACACAGAGACCUCCACCAUCUGGGACGAUGAGGCCACAACCACCGACUGGGACCGGCAGAACACCCAGCGAAGCAGCAAGCAGGACGGCCAGGGACGGCCUAUGCCCCCAGGCAUCGCCAAGGAAGGAGGAGGCGUGCCCUCACCCUCCUCUGCCAGCAAUCAAAGAGAUGAACUCUGAUGAGUUGAGGUCACAUAUAAACA